AUGUGGAUUCGGAAUGGGGAGGGAAGAAGCAUGUCCCGUCUGUCUCUGACACGGUCCCCGGUUUCUCCUCUGGCUGCGCAAGGCAUCCCCCUCCCGGCUCAGCUCACCAAGUCGAACGCUCCCGUGCACAUCGAUGUAGGAGGACACAUGUACACCAGCAGCCUGGCUACCCUGACAAAGUACCCGGACUCCCGAAUAAGCCGUCUGUUUAAUGGCACAGAGCCUAUUGUCUUGGACAGUUUAAAACAACAUUAUUUCAUUGAUCGAGAUGGUGAAAUUUUCAGAUAUAUAUUAAGCUUCCUAAGGACAUCUAAGCUACUGCUCCCAGAUGACUUUAAGGACUUUAGUCUUUUAUAUGAAGAAGCAAAGUAUUACCAGUUGCAGCCAAUGAUUAAGGAACUGGAGCGAUGGAAACAAGAGAAGGAACAGAGGAAACAUUUCCAGCCUUGUGACUGCUUGGUCGUAAGAGUGACCCCGGAUCUGGGGGAAAGAAUUGCGCUGAGUGGGGAGAAAGCCUUGAUAGAAGAAAUCUUCCCCGAGACCGGGGACGUCAUGUGCAACUCCGUCAACGCAGGCUGGAACCAGGACCCUACCCACGUUAUUAGGUUCCCUUUGAAUGGCUACUGCCGGUUGAAUUCAGUGCAGGUGCUCGAAAGAUUAUUUCAGAAGGGAUUUACUGUGGCAGCUUCGUGUGGCGGUGGGGUGGAUUCCUCUCAGUUCAGUGAAUACGUGCUGUGUCGCGAAGACAGACGAGCACAACCGACCCCAACAAUCAGAAUAAAACAGGAGCACCUGGACUAGACCCUGCCCGUACCCCUCUGCAACCGUAGAAGUGUUUAAUAGUCCCUUAUGUGAAACACUAAGGAUUUGCAAAACAGUAUUAGCAAAUGGAUUUUGACUUUAUGUUGCCGAUUAGUGGUAUUCCGAAACUACCUGUCACACAGCCAGCCAUGAAAUGCAUUUGAGAAACCAGUCGUCCAUUUUUCACGAUGAAAUCCCUGCGCCGGCUCUGUGCACCAGGCCUGCGGGGAGCGGACUCCGGGCCGCACAGCCGCGGCGGUGAACCAGGCGAAGCGGUGUCAGCCCCUGGCCCUCGACUGGCCUUCCGCAGAAAGACCAGUUCCCCCAGCUGGGACAGAGCAGCGGG